CAUCGCGUAUAUUUUAUUAUUAUAAAGGAAAUGAAAAGCAAGCACACCAAACGUGACCGCAUAUUCCGGAAGCUUUCUCCGGCAUGGCUCCGGCGAUCGAUUCGAACGGAACUGAGGCUCCUCUUCUUCCAAGUCAUGAGUCCAGAGAGAGGAAACCGGCGUCGGUGCCUGGGGCAGUGUUCAAUAUUUCGACGAGCAUCAUCGGCGCUGGGAUAAUGUCUAUACCGGCGACUCUUAAGGUUCUAGGAGUUAUUCCUGCUUUCGUAAUGAUUGUGUUAAUUGGAAUAUUGGUGGAUGUAUCCGUUGAGUUCAUGUUGAGAUUCACGUAUUCCGGCGAGUCGAGGACUUACGCCGGUCUGAUGAAAGAAUCGUUUGGACGAACAGGAUCGAUCGCCGUUCAACUUUGCGUGAUGAUUACCAAUCUCGGUUGCUUAAUCAUGUAUUUGAUCAUUAUCGGGGAUGUACUUUCGGGGACAGGGCCAGAGCACUUGGGCGUUUUGCAAGAAUGGUUUGGGGUUCAAUGGUGGAACAUACGAGCUGUGGCCAUUCUGUUCGUUGUACUUUUCGUCUUGUUUCCUCUUGUUAUGUUUCGAAGAGUUGAAUCAAUGUGGCUGAGUUCGGCAAUAUCAGUCCUCUUAGCAAUAAUAUUUGUCGGUAUAUGCUCAUUCAUGGCAAUCACUGCACUCGUUCGCGGAGAGACCAAGAACCCAAGAAUCCUACCCGACUUUGAUAAUGGCGGGGUGUCUUUCUUCGAUCUUUUCACUGCUGUCCCAGUUAUCGUCACUGCAUUCACUUUCCACUUCAAUGUUCAUGCAAUUGGAGUUGAGAUGGGGAAACCUGCGGACAUGAUGAGUGCCGUGAGAAUUGCAUUAGUACUGUCGGGCGCCAUAUACUUCACCAUCGGGAUUUUCGGGUACCUUCUGUUUGGGGAGGGAACAAUGGACGACAUACUGGUGAAUUUCGACAGGAGUUCUGGAUCGAGCAUAAGCCCUAUUCUGAAUGACAUAGUUCGGUUGAGCUAUGCGCUGCACCUGAUGCUGGUGUUUCCUCUGUUGAACUUCUCCUUGAGGGCCAACAUCGACGAAUUCCUGUUCGCUAGGAGGAACGGGAAGGCUGUUCUCGCCGCCGUAGACACGAGACGGUUCGUUAUUCUCACAGUUGUCCUGCUUCUACUGGCUUACAUUCUAGCCAUUGCCAUACCCAGCAUCUGGUAUCUAUUCCAGUUCAUGGGCUCUACUUCUGCUGUUUGCCUUGCCUUUAUUUUCCCUGGCGCCAUUGCAUUAAGGGACAUUCAUGGAAUCUCAAGCUCAAAGGACAAGAUUACAGCAGCAGUGAUGGUAACACUUGCAGUAAUUACAAGCACCAUAGCUAUUUCCACCAGCAUAUAUAAGAUGCUAGUAGUGCUUCCAACUACCUGAUUCACCUUCUCAACCUUGUUGUAAUUCAACACGUGUAACACUCUUAUGUAAGUUAUUUAUUAUUUUAUGUUUGGCACCAACCAUGUGUAGAUUUAUUUAUUUAUUUAGAAUUUGUGUAGUACAAUGUCUUUUAAAAUUUGUAGAAUUACAAAAUUGGCUUUUUGUAUAAAUUUUCAGCUACAUGUUGAAUACUUUGAUUAUCAUGUAGAAUUUUUUGUUAUUUAUAUAUUGAACAGUGAGAAAUUGUUGAA